AUGUGCAAAUCAAUGCUUACGCUGGAUGAUGAACGCCGUCGCCGUAUCGCGAAAGGCCUUACACCCUCUCCGGAAAUCCCCAAGGAUCCUAGCGCAGACUCGAGAAGAGAAGGAGAAGCAGAGAAGAUUCCGUCGAGUGAUACAGGCUGGGAGCAGUGGGUCAUGCCGAUGCAUGAUAGUGAAAGUGGAGAAGGCGUGAAGACAUCGGCUGCGGACAAUCCCUAUGCACCAACACAAUCAAGCCAGUCAUUGAGUUCACAAAUUCCCAAGCAAGUAGCUGAGCAUGAAAUUGAUGUAAAUGAGACACUGCUUUUCGGCCAGGCCAUUGAUGAAUUACAUACUGAAGG